GAGGGAGGGAGGAGCGUAGCUGCGCUGAAGCCGAGCCCCUCUAUGCCUCAGCACGCAGAGUGGAGCAGACGGCAACAGCCACACAAACACACUCCACACACCACCACCACCGCUGCCGCCACCACCACACAAACACACACACACACACACACACACACACACAUAGUGACGGCUGCCAGGCGCAGUGGGAAGCAAGCCGUCAGGGAGAGCUUGAGAAGAAAGAGGGGGAUCACAGAGGGGAAGAGAAGAAAAGAGUUGGAGGAGGAACCUUGUGGAUCAGAAGGGAUUUUCCUCUGUGUGAGUGCGCGUCUAGAUAGGACUAUCUGCUUCUUCCUGAGCGAGAGGAGUUUUUACUGAGGCUUUUUCUUUUUGCUCAUCCUCCACGCCGGGCUUCAGCGAUAUCUACCUAUCUAUCCCCGGAGCUUAACAAAAGAGGGAGGGAGUGAGAGAGAGUGAGAAGAAAGGCACUCACAGCUUCAGCUCCAGACCACCCUCUCUCCUCCUCAUCGUUCUCGUCCUCUCUUUCUAGCUCCACAUCCAUGUGUGAGUUAAUCGCUGAUUUUACUGUCUAUUGAGGAUAGAAGCAGAGGACAGCGUGUGUUCCCCAGGAUACAGCCGAGCUCCCGGUGGGAUCAGGGUCUCGUCUGGUGUGAGAGAGAGAGAGGGAGCAAGAACGAGACAGGGAAACGGAUACACAAGAAGAGAGAAAGAGAGAGACAAGAGUAAGAGACGCUGGAACGCAAAUUGAGGGGCAUGUUCAGGGCAGCAGAGAGAGUCUGAUUUUUAGAGCCGAGUGCAAGGAACCAGCAACCGGAUUCCAUCCAUCCCUCCCUCCUCAUCCUCUUCUUCUUCCCUCUCCCUUUACCCUCUCUCUGUCCUGCUCUUCAAUUCCCCCUAUUGUUUCCUGUGUUGCCUCCUACUAUCCUACCCUCCUAUCUUCCUUUCCUCACCUCCUUCUCCUCUAACCCCUUUUUUGCUGCCACUCCGGAUUCUCUCUGUCUCUCUUUCCAGACCUGUCUCUCUUUGUGAGGUUCCCCGUGAGCUCCCAGACAAGUAGACAGACUGAAAUCCCAAGUACUAUCUGUUCCUCCUAUCCCUCCAUUGCUCUGUGCGUUUAUCACACACAGCUCAGUAAGAGGAGAAGGUUCUCUCUCUGCAUCCUCACUCUUGGACACAGUCAUCUGAAGGAUCCUGGCCAGCCCCUCGGAGUGAUCGGACCCCACCUGCAAGCUUCUAUCUCCAGCCUCCAGGACCUUCAAUUGGAUUCCAGCUACAUGGGAAAACGUUUGGAGCAGCAGCCAAUGUACCCCCACUACACCUACUACUACCCCCACUAUCUCCAGACCAAGCAGUCCUAUGCUCCUCCCCCUCCACCCAUGGCUCCGCCCAGCCCUGGCACCACAGGAGGAGGAGGUGGUGGUGGAGGAGGAGGUCAUGGAGGAGGGCUAGUGGAGCAGCUUAGUAAGACCAACCUGUACAUCAGAGGCCUGCCGCCUGCCACCACCGACCAGGACCUCAUCAAACUCUGCCAGCCAUAUGGGAAGAUUGUGUCAACAAAGGCCAUCCUGGACAAGAACACCAACCAAUGCAAAGGCUAUGGCUUUGUGGACUUUGACAGCCCUGCUGCAGCCCAGAAGGCUGUGGCCUCACUCAAAGCCAGCGGAGUACAGGCACAGAUGGCGAAGCAACAAGAGCAGGACCCCACCAACCUUUACAUCUCGAACCUGCCACUGUCCAUGGAUGAGCAGGAGCUGGAGAACAUGCUGAAGCCUUUUGGUCAUGUCAUUUCCACGCGGAUACUGAGGGACGCCAAUGGCCUGAGCAGAGGAGUCGGCUUUGCUAGGAUGGAGUCAACAGAGAAGUGCGAUGUGGUGAUUCAGAAUUUCAACGGGAAAUUCUUGAAAACUCCUCCAGGCAUGACAGCCCCUGCAGAGCCGUUGCUGUGCAAGUUUGCUGACGGAGGCCAGAAGAAGAGGCAGACCCAGGUCAAGUAUCCCCAGAAUGGCCGACCGUGGACACGGGACGGAGAGAGUGGUAUGGCGUUGACAUAUGAUCCCACAGCGAUGCAGAAUGGGUUCUACUCUUCUCCAUACAGCAUCUCCACCAAUCGGAUGAUUGCACAGACGUCAAUCACACCCUUCAUCGCUGCCUCUCCCGUCUCCACAUAUCAGGUUCAGAGUACGUCUUGGAUGCCACAUCAACAGUAUGUUAUGCAACCUACAGGUGCUGUGAUCACCCCAGCAACGGCUCUAGAGCCCAGUUUGUCUCUUCACCCCUCCAGUGUAAUGGCUCCUCUCACCCAGCAGAUGAACCACCUGUCUCUGGGCACCACAGGCACCAAACCACAAAGCCACACACAUGGAAAUUGCCUUUUUCUGUUUGCUGAAAUGUGCGAUGACCCUGGGACCAAGCCAAACUAUUAUUACAUGCCUGCUGCAACAGCUGGUCCUAUGCAAGGAACCUACAUUCCCCAGUACACUGCAGUGCCUGCCUCUGCCAUCACAGUGGAAGGCAUGGUGACAGACCCAUCUUCACAGACAGCCGCCCCCUCCUCCCAGGACGCCAGCGGGCAGCAGCCUUUAACAGUGGAGAAUACAGGAGAUCAUGCCACAGCAUACUCUUACCAGCAGUCAAAAUAACAAGAUUGGUAGGAAUCAUUGCUGCAUUGCCUUUAGAAGGACUGCACCGAGGCGCUGGAGACACAAAGAGAAUCGAAGUGAAACGGGGACAAAAAAAAAAGAGGUGACGGGCAACACUGAGGGGAGAAUGCUUCCACUGUGCACAGGCACCAAAUAAAAGACAAAAUGAAGAAAAAAAAAUCAAUUAUAUUUCUUACCUGGUUGAACGAAGAAAAAGACUGGUUUACUGAACUUGAGGACAAUGAAAUCAAACGCAGUCUGCAGCUUUGAGUUUAUCAUUUCUCACUGUGAGACUUGACUUUGCCUCCGAAGGAAAAAGAGAAGACAGACUGAAAUCUAAACUCAACCAACAAGCUGUACAGAAAAAAAAGAACAUUUGAAUGUGCAGGUAGAUUUUCAGACAUUUUUUAUUAAAAAAAAGGAAGGAAGCAAAGUCUAGAAAAAAAAAAACAGGUUGUCUUCCUUUGAUAUUAAGCUACAUUAUUUUCAUUCUUUUUAUUAUUUGAGUAGUUUUCUAGAAUAUCAAUGUUUUCGUAAAUCUUUAUUGCCUUAAUUUUCUCAAACUUUGGGAAAAAAAAUGUUUCCAUAGUGUUGAAUUAUUAAAAAAAAAGAGUGGUUGAAUGAUUUGAGAGCUUCUUGGAAAGUUCCGCAAGCCACCAAGAUGAAAUCUACAAAGUUAUUUGUACAGGAU